UCCGCCUAACGCUCCUUUGUUCCUAACUUCAAUUUUUUUGGCAAACCAAAUUCAUUUGCAUAUUUACAAAUUACUUUUUUAGAAAAGUCAAAUUAGUAAUAAAAUGCAGCGUACACGGCGGUGCCCGAAAUGUCGUGUAAAAUGUGUCGCACCAGCGGUCUCUUUUAGGCAAAACCCAUCCAGUAUUUGUAUUGCAGAUUACAGUGGUGACGGGCCGGUCAAGAAAUUGACUGGCGAUGAGUUCAAAAUGCGCAUAUGGUCCUAUAUGAAACCCCCAAAAAUAUCGGAACCAAUUGUAUCUCUCAAUCCGGAAAGAGUAGAAAUGGUGCGAAGAAUGCUGGAUAAAUCGCUCCGCGAAAAACCAUCACAAGUACAGAUAGAUAGUAAUGUCAACUUACAAGUUCUGCCGGACGGUUCAAUUCAAAAGACAACGUCACGUAUCGAGAGGAAGAUAUUUCCACCUAAAGGCAAAAGUGUCGUGCAGAGGCCAGGCACGUACAAAGACUUCGCAGCCAAUAUUGGUAACAUCAUGAGCAGCACACGCAUGUAACCAUGCGGUCUUGGAAAAAGAAACACGAAUUAAGUAAAAAGGAAAAUAUGUAUAUUGUUCUGAAAAUCUAAAUCACUGUCAUACUAUGAUCUAAGUUCAGUUUUCCUUUGCGAACACGUUGCUGUAUUCUCUGUGAAAAUAUCAUUGGGUUAGUUUUUGUUAAGCCGUGGCUCAGAUUUUCAUACCUUAUUAAAUACGUCAGCUAUGAUCCUA